AUGUGGCGUAUACUCGUCGCGGUUCUGCUGGUGGCCACGGUGUCUGUGGGCGGCGACAAAGUGGUCGUCCUACCUCACGAUGUUUACCCAGGUUACGAGGUGACGCUGUUCAACACAAAACGGCCGUCGAAUUUUCGUCUAAUGGAGAACGAUUUCUCGAAAUUCUUCACGGUACUCGGGAACGGUCUAGUGAUGACCACGUCUGAUCUAUCGCCGUUGGUCGACCGGCCGGUGAACCUAAUCAUCCUCGAGGAGCUAGCCAACAGCACCGAGACGCAUUUCCUUCAUCUCUACGUGAUUAAUCGUAGGAACAUGAUCACAUUCUCUCACGACCAGCUAGGCGAGGGUGAGAUCCUCGAGAAUUCUGCGAUGGGCACCUUGAUCGACGGUUUCCCCGUUCUGAGAGCUAGAGGAAGCUUCCCGGUUCAUUACGCGAUUCUGCCGGACGAAAUGGGCGACAGACCGUUCGCGCUGAAAGAGGAGGACUCGAAUCAGAUAGGGUUCAACUUGACGUUGAAUAGCAAGAAGGAGGGCGUUAGAGUGGUGUCUGCAAAACCCUUGGACAGGGAGACCAAGAAGCUCUACACCGUCGUGAUCCACGCUUCCGACGGUUAUCUACUUAGCAGCUCGCAGAUCAACGGUAUAGUUCACGUGCUGGACGAGAACGACAACAGUCCUGUGUUUGAGAAAGAGCGAUACACCUUCGACAUCAGACCGACCAACGUGGACAGUAUUAGCAAGAACUCUGUCGCGCUUCCUGGAUGGAAACGUUUCUCCACGGUGGGCAAAGUGGUAGCUAAAGACGCCGAUGGCGACAAAAUUGCGUACAAAUUGCUCACGCCGAGUAGCCUGCUGGUGAUAGUGCCGCAGACUGGAGAGUUGAUGCUGGCCGGUGAACCGGAAAUUACCGUGGACGAAGACAGCGAGUGCGUGGUGAUCGUGGAGGCUCACGACGUGCGUAGUCCGAGUCGAUCGACCGAGAAACCGACCAAGGUUGUCGUUCGGUUUUUAAGGGCGAGCCCGAUGGAGAUGGAAGUGCACCGGAUACAGAAGCGGAGGGUGACGAGGGCUGUUAGGCCGACUAAGAAGGUGGACUUCACGGAGGACGAUGGCAAAGUCGAGAAUAAGAUCGUGUUCUAUCUGGAGAAGGAGAACGAGAAGGAGAUGUACAAGAUCAGGGACGAGAAUAAAUGGGUCACUGUGGGCGAGAAUGGCUCGGUCAUAGUGAAGCAGAAAUGGGAUUACGAGGAGUUGGGUUCUGAAAAGACAAUUGACUUUUGGGUGACCAUUACGAACCCAGGUAAAGAACACAGAAGGUACACGGACAAUCAGCGUGUCAUUAUCAACGUGAAGGACGUGAACGACGAGAACCCGUACUUCAUAAAUCGGCCUCUGCCAAUGCAAACGGUCGUACAGCUGAAUGCACCGCCGAAUACUCAUGUGUUUACCAUUCAAGCGAGGGAUCCUGACACUGACAACAAUAUUCACUACUUCAUGGUACGCGAUCGGACUGGAGGCCGUUUCGAGGUAGACGAGCGAUCUGGUGUUGUACGCACUCGGGGGACCGAUCUCUUUCAGCUGGAUAUGGAAUACGUUCUGUACGUGAAAGCGGAAGAUCAGAAUGGUCGUCUAGAUGAGAGGCGUUUUCAGUCGACUCCUGAGGAACGGCUAUCGAUCCUAGGUGGAAAACGCCCGCCGCAGUUCUACAUGCCGCAAUACGUGGCCGAGAUACCAGAAAACCAGAAGAAGGACUCCGAUAUCAUAUCAGUGAAAGCAAAGUCGUUCGCCGAUCGUGAAAUUCGGUACACGCUGAAGGCACAAGGACAAGGUGCAGCGGGGACCUUUAAUAUUGGACCAUCUACCGGCAUUGUGAAAUUGGCUAAAGAGCUAGAUUUCGAGGAUCUACGUCAGCCACACAUUUACUCCCUUCUAGUUACCGCUACUGAAGAUUCCGGCGGUUUCUCUACAUCCGUUGAGUUGACCAUACGAGUCUCGGAUGUGAACGACAACGCGCCGAAAUUCGAGUUGCCCGAUUACCAAGCCCACAAUGUGGACGAGGACAUAUCGCUGGGCACAAGUAUACUGAAAGUGAAAGCAACCGACGCGGAUUCCGGUGUUAACGCGGAAAUAGAGUAUCUGGUGUCUGAUGACCACUUCAGCGUCGACAAUACCGGAAUCAUCGUUAACAAUAAGCAGCUUGACGCGGAUAACAACAAUGCUUAUUACGAAUUCGUUGUCACUGCCAAAGACAAAGGCGAACCACCGAAAACUGGCACAGCAACGGUGCGCAUAUACACGAAGAACAAGAACGACGAGGAGCCGAAGUUCUCGCAGCAGGUGUACACGCCGAACGUGGACGAAAAUGCCGGACCGAAUACGCUCGUAACGACUGUGGUCGCUUCUGACAAAGACGGCGACAACGUUCGGUUUCGAUUCGUCGGUGGUAACACGACGUCGGGUCAGUUUGUGAUCGAGGAGAUCACCGGUGUGAUUCGUCUUCACGGGAAACAGGUCACGAUGGACAGAGACAAGUACGAGCUGAACGUGACCGCUCUCGACGACGGUGCCUGUUGUCCUAACGGAGCGACUACGACCCACACCAGCACAGCUGUUGUCGUGGUCUUCAUCACGGACGUGAACGAUAACAAGCCAAUUUUUAAGGAUUGCAGCAUGUACAACCCGAAAGUCGAAGAAGGCGCGCCGAACGGUAGCACGGUGAUCAAGGUACAGGCUACCGACGAAGACAAAGGCGUGAACGGCCAGGUGAAAUAUUCGAUCGUUCAGCAACCGAAUCAGAAGGGGACGAAAUUCACCGUAGACGAAGAGACCGGCCAAGUUUUGACGAAUAAGGUGUUUGAUCGUGAAGGGGACGACGGCAAAUUUGUAUCCGUCACUGUUAAAGCAACAGAUCAAGGUGAACCUUCUUUGGAAGGUGUUUGUUCCUUCACUGUUGAAAUUACGGACGUUAACGACAACCCACCAUUGUUUGAUCGUCAGCGAUACGUAGAGAAUGUAAAACAGGACGCCAGUAUCGGAACAAACAUUCUAAGAGUAUCGGCAUCAGACGAGGAUGCCGAUAAUAACGGUGCCAUAACGUACUCGUUGAAUUCGCCAAACAAUGACCACGAGUUGGAGUACUUUGAGAUUCAACCAGAGUCUGGUUGGAUCGUCUUAAAGAAGCCCCUAGACCGUGAGAUGUACAAGCUGGAAGCGAUCGCCAAAGACAAGGGCUACCAGCCCAUGACGCGAGUGGUGGAGGUUCAGAUUGACGUUGUGGACCGUGCGAAUAAUCCGCCCGUAUGGGACCACAUAGUGUAUGGGCCGACCUACUGUAAUGAGAACGUGACCGUUGGGGCUAAAGUUGUGUCUGUUAAAGCCAGGUCUGUCACACUGUUAAUGCUCCGUGCGGCUCUGCACGAACCCGCCCUGCACGCAAUCUCGUGGCAGUAUUGUUCUUGUGCACGUUAA